UUCCGGCCAGGCAGUUCCGGUUGGCGCUGGAGUUUGUGAGGGGAAGUGGAGGGGGGAGUGGAAAGAAGGCGGAAACGGGGCCGGAGCGACCUGGACUUGCCUGACGCCCUUCUUGUGGUGAAGCAGCAGCAGGAGGAGAAGGAGGCGGCGGGCUGAAGGUAUGUCAGAACACAGCGACAAUUCCACAACUGUUGAUGGACCUCACCAGGCUCCAGAAGACAUCCAGUCUGACUCUGAGGGUGUUUCAAUGGCUCAAGAAUCUCCCAAAAAUUCAGCAGCAGAAAUCUCUGUGACAAGCAAUGGAGAACUUGAGGAUGCACAGGAGCACAGCUUCAAUAGGGACUUCAAGCGGUCCCUACAAGCGGGACUUGGUUUGUCCGAAACUCAAAUUACAUCACAUGGCUUUGACAGCACCAAAGAGGGCAUCAUUGAAGCUGGACCUUUUCAAGGUCCCUCACUACCUAUGUCACCUGUUAUAUCACCUAGCAGUGCAGCAGCUAGCAGACUGGCUGGACAAGGGAGUGAUUUAAUUAUUCCAAAAGGCAAUGUAAGAAUACAACAAAAAAGUGGACCAGUUGUUCUAGCAGAGGAGACAAAGAAUCCAGCAAUGGAAAAACUAGAGCUUGUAAGGAGAUGGAGUCUGAACACAUACAAGUGUACUCGUCAGAUUAUAUCUGAGAAAUUGGGCCGAGGCUCACGAACAGUAGAUUUAGAAUUGGAAGCACAAAUAGAAAUUCUGCGGGAUAACAAAAAGAAGUAUGAGAAUGUCCUGAGGCUGGCCCAGACCUUGUCAACUCAACUUUUCCAGAUGGUGCAUACCCAAAGACAGCUUGGAGAUGCAUUUGCGGACUUGAGUUUGAAAUCACUAGAACUCCAUGAGGAGUUUGGAUACAAUGCAGAUACUCAGAAGCUUCUUGCUAAAAAUGGUGAAACACUACUUGGAGCAAUUAAUUUUUUUAUUGCCAGCGUGAACACUUUGGUAAAUAAAACUAUUGAAGAUACAUUACUGACUGUGAAGCAAUAUGAAAGUGCCAGGAUUGAAUAUGAUGCUUAUCGCACUGAUCUAGAAGAACUGAAUCUUGGCCCACGUGAUGCAAAUACUUUGCCAAAGAUUGAGCAAUCACAGCAACUGUUCCAGAUACAUAAAGAGAAAUACGACAAAAUGCGUAGUGAUGUAUCAGUUAAAUUGAAGUUUUUGGAGGAAAACAAGGUCAAAGUAUUGCACAAUCAGCUUGUUCUGUUCCACAAUGCCAUUGCAGCAUACUUUGCAGGAAACCAGAAACAGCUUGAACAGACACUUAAACAGUUCCAUAUCAAAUUGAAAACGCCUGGAGUAGAUGCUCCAUCCUGGCUGGAAGAUCAGUAAAAGAACCGGGCACAAAGAUCUCUCCGUCAACUGAGGAUCGCUUAUGGCUAAUGAGAAUCAAGGAACUUACAAGGAUGACUGUUUGUAGUGAUAUUUGCACAAGCAGCUUUAAUUUCUUCCCCCUUGAUAAUGAAUACUGUAGUAAUUUGGGAAGGUGGGUGGAUAUAACCAAAUGUAAUUUGUCAUUUUAGUAACAACGUUUUGUAUUUGAGUGAGGGUGGACGGUUUUCUGUCUUAGGGAAAUAUAGAUUUGCACUGACAAAUAUGUUUGUGAUCUCUGGUAAUUGUGGUGACUAGGUGAGAUUUUUUUCCCAAAGGGAGAUGCCUGUGAUUUGUAUCAACAUCUGAAAUUUUAUAUAAAUGUAUUAAACAUCUCUAAAGAAUCUCUUUUUUUCCCAUGUAAUUGUAUUUAAAGAACAAAUAUUUUAGAGUAAUAAUAUGGGGCUUUCAGACAACACCCACAAAAUCAGUGCCUGGCUGAUAUGUGGAAUGGUAACAAAUAGGUUUGGAUUUUUUUAAAAGUUGGCCCUUUCCAUUACACUAAAUUUUGAAAUAUUCUCUUGAUCUGAAGCUUUUAAGAAAAAAAUUAACAACGUAAAGAUAAUUUGCUCAGAUAGCAGAGCUUUGCCCUACUGAUGUAAUUCUUAACUUUCUAUUUUUAAAAAAGCAUACCUUUACUUGCCUUAAAUUCAAAAGUGCCUUUUGCAAUACUUUCUACAUGGUGUACAUAAUCUAUAGGAAGCCCCAUUUGGGUUGAUCUCUUUAUAAAGAGAGAGACUGAGGCCAGUCAGGACUGUGUUUGCUUCUGUUUGAACUCCAGACAAUGUCAUCUGACUGUAGUGGAUUCUCUUUUUUAAUCAGUACUUACUUGAUGUACUUUUUCCUCUUUUAUUAUAGCCUUUUUAAAAACUCACUGUUCUUGAGCAUCCUUUUUGCACAUUUUCCACUGCUUUUUUGUGUUUAUAUAAAUGAAGUACCUAAAGUAACUUAUCACAGCUUAUAUGGAUUGUAUAAUUAUGUAUUAUAUGUUGAAAUGGAUUUUGUUGCUUCUGAAAAUUGUCAUGUUUUAGUCUUAAUGUAAAAUAUUUGUGAAGAACAUCUUUAACCAUUCCUCAUUAUAUCCUUUUGAGUCCCAAAUUAUUUUUGUGCUGUCUUGCAGUAACUUUGUUACCAUUCCUUAGAAUGUUUAUCUAUUGUUAACUUUGUAUUCAUAGUAAAGGUUUUGCAGCUGCAACCUGUUGACUUUAUUUCAUCAGAUUUGUGAAUUAAAAUCACCACUAGCUAUGUUUUUUCCAGCUA